UUUGUGGGUACAGCCACCAACACGUUACCGUCAUGGCUCCGUUUGAGAAAUCUCAACAUCCCAAACCAUUCAAGCAGAGGAAGAGUUUUGCAGCAACGAGAAAACAAGAGGUGGCUGGAAUCCGAACCAAAUUUCCCACCAAGGUCCCGGUGAUUAUUGAAAGGUACAGUCGGGAGAAAUACCUACCACUGUUGGAUAAAACCAAGUUCCUUGUACCCCAGGAACUAACCAUGACUCAGUUCGUCACCAUCAUCAGAAACAGGAUGACUCUCAUGCCCAGCCAAGCUUUCUACCUGCUCAUUAACAAUGCGGGCAUCGCCAGUAUGUCUCUCACUAUGGCACAGGUGUACAAGGACCACAAAGAUGAGGAUGGGUUCCUUUACAUGACGUACGCCUCUCAGGAAAUGUUUGGACAUUGUGAAAUUGAGACCCAGUUCUUAACAUGAUAAAUUGAAGGUGUAGUUUAGAAGGUGAGGGGUAAAAAUUUGCACUUGUAAAAUUAUUUAAGAAUGUUUGUAUAUAGUGUAACUGUUUUAAAUGUUUUGUAUUUUGCAUG